CUCCAGCUUCACCUAACAUCUUGCAAAGGAAAGCGCAUAUGAUUACGAAUAUCAACACACGGAAAUAUCGAAAAGGAAAAUGUGAUGAGUGCAAAGAGUCGGGCAACAAACACAGGGACUAUACCAUCACAAAAUAUGCAUUCAAUUUGCACACACACACACACACAUACACACGCACACACACACACACACACAUACACAUACACAUACACACCUACAAAUACACAUAUAUAUAUAUAUAUAUACAAGUGUUGCGGGCAGGUACGUAUGUGAUGGUUGCUGUAUGCAAAUGCUGCCAUCAUCACAUGCACAUUGAUAUCAGUGACUGACGUGUGACCACAUAAUGCAGGAAUCCCAAUAAAAGGAUUCACACA